GCAACCACUGAACCGCACGAGCCAUUUUCGCAGGCGCGUGAGGAAGAGCUCAGCCCCGACAGCACUCGCGCGCUGCUUUGUCAUUUCGUCCUCUGUGUGUUUACCGUCCGCUCCCGACGUUUCGUUUCCAACACGCAACGAAACAAUCAGGAAAACCCAUCGGUGUGUCUGAGGCACAUCGCGCAGGCAUGUCCGUGAAGCCGAGCGACGAGGCAGGAUCAGAGGGCGGGUGGAUGAGAGGAGACGAGCUGGAGAACAUGGAGCUGUUCGGGAAGAAGAGCAGCUCGGCCCGCUUUGAGGACGAGCAGAAGCAGCACUCCCACCAUCCGCCUCACCCCGUUACCAUGGAAACUGCAUCUACAGAUAAAUCAGGUGCCGAUCUCAUGGAUAAACCCAUCAUAGAUAUGGGUGACCCUUACACAUCUCUACUGUCCGGUUACUCAUCCCAAAUGGACACCUCCUACUUCUCGGGUGAUGUCAGCGGAAUCGAGAAGAAGCAGCAAGCUGGAAUCGAUGACCUCAUCUCAGGCCUGGAUUACCAGUCUGCCAUGUUCAGCUCAGACUCAGGUAUCGAGAUGACCCCGAGCGCUGAGCUUGGUUACAGCUCCCACAAGCUGCGUGACUCAGACAAGACCCCUGAUUCCACCUAUAACUACAUGGACAUCAGGAGCAGGGAAGAUCCCCGUAGCGAACAGCAGCCCCUGGAGGACUGGGGGAUAAGUGCCGCUUCAGAACCUGCCCCUCUCUCCAACCUUAGGGGAGGGCAUUAUCUGGAGAAGAGUCCAUCCCCUGUUGAAGUGGAGACACUGGGCCCCUCUGCAGCUGCUCUCGACUCAAACACUUUCCCCUAUGUAGAAGAACCAUCAGAUGAUGAGCUCUCUGAUUACCAGCCUGACCGCUCACCAGGUGCCGAGGGCAGUGCCAGUCCCAUCAAGAUCACCUUGACAGAGACCCCCCCAUUGUCAGUGUCUCCUGUGGCUAUGCAGCGUGCCUCUCCGGUUGGGGUUUCUGAGAAAGAGAGCAUCCUGAGUCUGGGGCUACAGGGCGUGCCCACUGUUACACUGUCCGAGCCAGAGGAUGAGAGCCCUGAAUCUCCCACUCCACCACUCACAGAAUCUGACUCUUUAUCCGAUCCCAUGGUGAAGGGCACAGAAGGGAAAAAAGCUUCAGAAUCUUCAUCAUUUGUCUCGCAGAAUGUACCCAGAUCUCAGAGUCCUUCCUUGGAGCUUAAGACCACUCCCUCUCUCCCCCUGUACGCCAAGGUCACAGAUGCCAGUAGUGGAGACUCCGGCGAUUCAGAGAUUGAGCUUGUGUCCGAGGAGUCAAGCCCACAGGCUCCCAGCUCUGCCUACAUGACCUUCAGCAAGAGUCCCAGCACCCCCCCACCAGCCCCUGCAACUACUCAAGCUCCUGCUUCUGUCUCUGUUCCUGCCUUCAGUCCUCUGCCUGGUCUUGCUUCUGGCACCAUCUCUGCAGCCAUGCAGUACAGCAUCCUGCGUGAGGAACGUGAGGCUGAGCUGGACAGUGAGUUGGCUCUGGAGUCCUGCGAAGAAGAGAGUCCUAAGAGAUUUCCCCAGGACUUGGCCACCAAGAUUAGCAAAGAGAACUCACAACAAGUCGAACCUCCACCCCCCUCAGCUACAGUGACCCCUGCUCCACCGGUGAAGCCUGCACCUCAACCAACUGCUCCAGUCUCUGACAGUGCUCCUAAAGAGAAGAUGGCAAGGGAGGUAGAGGAUGAAACGACAAAACCCAGCAGCAAGCCCUCACCUCCUAGCGCAGUCCUGCCUGAACUGAAGGUGGAGCAGCCUCCUGAGGAAAGGCAAGCCGAGAGGAAACAUUCUAGUACCGAAACACAUCCCACAACUCCUGCCUUCUUCCGGGGAAUAACUAGAGAGAAGGCGAUGGAGCUGUUGUACUGGCGCGAUGUGAAGCAGACCGGCCUGGUGUUUAGCAGUGUACUGCUGCUGCUCUUCUCUCUGACCCAGUUCAGCGUGGUCAGUGUGAUUGCCUAUCUGGCUCUGGCUGCUCUCUCUGCAACCAUCAGUUUUAGAGUCUACAAGUCCGUCCUCCAGGCAGUGCAGAAGACUGACGAGGGACACCCCUUUAAGUCAUACCUGGAGAUGGAGAUGUCCCUGUCACAUGAUCAGAUGCAGAGGUAUGCCGAGAACACCCAGCAUUACAUUAACAACACUCUGAAAGAGCUGCGCAGACUCUUCCUAGUGCAGGACCUGGUGGAUUCACUAAAGUUCGCAGUGGUCAUGUGGCUGCUGACCUAUGUGGGAGCGCUCUUCAAUGGCCUCACUCUUCUUAUCAUGGUUGUGGUGUCAAUGUUUUCCAUGCCUGUGGUGUAUGAGAAAUAUCAGGCACAGAUUGACCAGUAUUUGGGACUUGUAAGGACUCAAGUAAACACGGUGGUGGGGAAAAUCCAGGAGAAGAUUCCAGGCGCAAAGCGAAAGGCUGAGUAAACAGCCCCAAGCCACAGGAGAACACAAGAAGUCCAUGACCAGGCUUUCCCUUGUUAUAGGGAGAGAGCUUCCCAUUAGUUCAUGGUUUCCUCACUCACUUACUCACUCAAACUCACACAUACACACACAAACACAUGCACAUCAUAUGCUGCACACAUACACACACAUGGGCGAACAUACAUAAACACACACACACACACAUGCACAUUAGAAAACACAUAUACACACAUACCUAUGUGUACAGUCACACCUGCACAUGUACAAGUUACUGGAGCAUAGUUCUACUUUGUGCACACUGUGGUGUUUAGAGCAGCAGCCGAGCCGUUCCGAGAAGUCCCACCCUUGCCCAAUUACUGUAGAGAAAAAUAGACAAAAAACAUGCUGUCACUCAAGCACUAAGCUCUAGUAAAUAUGAAAAAAAACAACAUAUAUGAAAGAGUGGUAACAAAAACAAAACCAAAAAAAAAAAAAAUCUGUGUUUUUGUGUUGCUUAUUAAGUGCAUGAAGUCAAGAGUCUUAAGUGCUGAUGCGUUUCUUCUUUUCCUCUGGUUUCCUGUGCUCUGGGCUUUCUCAGCUUCGCUGAAGACGUUUCUCUGUAGUGUGUGAACGAAGUCUUCAGCUUUAGUGCUCUCCUGUGAUAGUCUCUUCUUCUUCUUCUUUGGGGAAAAAAGGUCCAAAAGCAGCUUUUUUUUUGUCUGUGGCACUGGGUGGGUCUUCUCUUCUCUCACUAUACCUGGAAACUUAAAUACUUCACUAUUAUUAUCAGCUAGACGCGUGGACAUGCCAAGGUUUACCUUCUUUGUGUGGCAAAACAGCCAAUAUUUAGUAGUGUUCUGAUUAGGUAUAGUAAACUAAUAUGUAGUGUUUUUUUAUUUUAUUUUAUUUUUUUUGAUAAUUCCUUACCAGAACUACAGAGAUUCAUGUGUUUAGGUACCGUCGUCAAACCUCUUUUAAGUGAAAAGCAAACGAAUGAAAGAGACGGAGGAGGAGGAAGCUUAAAGCAAGAGAAUGCCAGCUUGAUGAUUGUGUCCAUCUUUGUACUAUGUUGAGUGUAGUUCUUCUUAGCCAUGGACUCUUAACUAUUUGCACUUAAAAUGUACUCACUGCUGAAUGCGACAAUAAAUGUUCUUAAAUGUA